AUGGACUCCACAAACAGCGGCAGCAUCCAGUCCUCCAGCGGCGGCGAUGAGGAGUACGACUCCCGUGCCGACUCUAUCUCCGCCCUCUUCCGCCCACCCUCCUCCUCCUCCUCCUCCUCUGCCGCCGCCACCUCCCUCCCCACUCCCGCUUUCUCCUCCGCCCACCCCAACUCCUUCUACUUCAACUCCCUCGCCUUCCUCGACCACUCCCACCUCCUCCCCAUCGCCUCCUCCUCCUCCUCCCCCUGUCCUCCCCGCGCCCUCCGCCCCUCCCUCACUCCCACCUCCGACUUCCCCUCCCUCCCCCCUCCCUCCUCCACCUCCUCCCUCCCUCGUGGCCCACAAAUUGCACAAUCUCUGGUGCAACAACUGCCCGACAAUCCCACCCCCACCGUCGCCCAGCCGCGGAGCUCCAAGAAGCGUUCCCGGGCCUCGCGCCGCGCCCCGACCACCGUCCUCACCACCGACACAUCCAACUUCCGCGCCAUGGUCCAAGAAUUCACCGGCAUCCCCUCCCCUCCCUUCAGCGCCGCCGCCUCCUCCCCCCUCUCCCCCUUCUCCCGUUCCCGCUUCGACCUCUUCUAUUCCUCCUCCUCCUCCCCCGCCUCCUCCCUCCCCCCACCUUAUCUCCGUCUCCGCCCUUUCGCCCAGAAACCUCCCACCUUUCCCUCUCUCAACCCUUCAUCUUCUACUACCAGCACUGCUAUUAUUGAUGCUCUUGCUUCUACUUGCAAUACCAUUUCAAAUGCCAAUGCCACCAGCUCCAUUCCGAUAGCCACUGCUGCUACUUGUACUACUUCGAAUUCUACUCCCACUAAUAAUAACCGCCAACUGCCUUCACCUGAUUUUGGACUCGGCAGCCAAAGCCAGACUCUCUUCAACCUCCAAAGCCAAGGCCCCGUUGUCAACUUCCAGUCCCUCCUCACCCACAAGGACACUCUCCCCACCAUGCCGGCCUUCGCCCCGAGGCCGCAGGCCGUUAUUCCAUCGGCGGAGUUUGCUUCGGGCGAGCUCGGGCUCCCGCCGGGGCUUAUCGGGUUGGAGGGCGUGCGCUCGGGCUGGGCUCGUGCGUCGGGGCCGGAUGGCGGCGAGCACGCGCAAGUGAGGCCGGCGGUUGGAGCGAACUACAAUGGUGCGCAGCAAAGGGUCAGCAGCUGCAAGCUGAACUACUCGGCGCCGGGCUCGUCCGAGUUUCAUGCGGAGACCGGGUCCGAGGGCGUGGCGGCGCGGGGUGAAGGUAUGGUUGACUCCUGGAUUUGUUCUUCUGAUUAG